UAUCUAUCGCGACGGUGAAAACCAUAUCUCCCGCAGCAAACAUUACACACCAGAACUGCAUAAUGUCUCGCGUUCUCAACAAAUCAUACAUCAUCGGAGUCGGCUCAACGAAGUUCGAGAAACCUCGUGGAGAGCGUGAUUACGACGAACUCGGUCUCGAAGCUGCAGUCAAGGCGCUCUUGGAUGCUGGUAUUACCUAUGACGAUGUCGAGUACGCCGCCUGCGGCUAUGUUUUUGGCGACUCGACAUGCGGCCAGCGUGUUUUGUAUCACCUCGGCUUGACCGGCAUUCCCAUCGUGAACCUCAACAACGCUUGCUCUGCUGGUUCGGCUGCAUUUGUUAAUGCCGUAAACACGGUCCGUGGAGGUCAAGCCGAGUGCGCUAUCGCCGUGGGAUUUGAGAAGAUGGCUCCCGGCUCCCUGUCCACGCCGUGGACGGACCGUAUAUUUCCCAUGGCUGGGACGUUGGCUCAACUAUGGGAGAUUGAGGAACAGAAUGGCUACGCAGAGCCCGAGAACGGGCCAUAUGCGGCCCAGAUAUUUGGGGCAGCUGGCCGCGAGUACUGCGAGCGAUACGGAGCUCGACCAGAACAUCUCGCUGCCAUUGCCGCCAAGAACCACUCCCACUCUGCCCGCAACCCAUACGCCCAGUUCCGAGUGCCUCUCAGCACCGCGGAGGUCCUUGGCUCCCGUCGAGUAGCCCGCGACGUAACUCUUCCUAUGUGUUCGCCGACUUCUGAUGGUGGCGCGGCCGCGGUGGUGGCAAGUGAAGCUUUCGUGCGCAAGCACUGCCUCCAAGACCGUGCUGUCGAAAUCGCCGCUGUCGCCGUCGCGUCUGACUCGUCCCUUCUGUACAACGCUCGAUCUCGUAUCGAGCUCGCCGGCGCAGACAUGACUCGCCGUGCGGCAAGGGCGGCCUUCGCCGCGGCGGGCCUGACCCCGGCUGAUAUUCAGGUAAUGGAGCUGCACGACUGUUUUGCAGCGAACGAACUCAUCAGCUAUGACGCUCUUGGACUCUGCCCGCCUGGGAACGCCCACAAGAUCGUGGAGGCGGGCGACAACACUUAUGGCGGCAAGUGGGUGAUCAACCCGUCUGGUGGGCUUGAGAGCAAAGGUCACCCCCUCGGCGCCACUGGCUUGGGUAUGAUAUUCUCCGCUGUUCUUCAAGUGCGCGGGGAAGCAGGUCGCCUUCAAGCCCCUGGGGUCCGCAACGCUCUCACCCACAACGUUGGCCUCCGCGGUGCCUGCGUGGUCUCCAUCCUCCAACGACCCUCAUUCUGGAAACCCGGGUCCACUGCCGCCACACGCUUCGGGUACAAUGUGGCAGACGAGGUCCGCCAAAUAUCAGCCUCUGAUUUGGCGAAGGUUCGAUCCCAACAACAUUACUCUGACUUCAUUUCGCCGCCUCUCGGUGGCGCUGGCUGGACGGGGACCGGGCUCGGCACUGAUGUCCCGUCCCCGCGUGCCCGACUGUAGCGCGCCUCGUACAUGGCAAACCCCCAAACAACCCAGCCGCGAAGGUUUCCGUAGUUUUAAAGCACUCCCACACGGGGAUACACGGAAACGUGUAAUGAUUCAAAGUACACUUGUAUCAUGUUUGAAACAUCAUGCACAUCUGAACGAGUUUGUGG